AUGCUGCUCAAGGCAGGAUCCAGGCGUGUGCUCCUCUUGUUCCCUGACUCGCCAUGCCAGGAGCGUGAAGAGGCUGACCUGGAGCAGAGGCAGCUCAGGGAUCUGGAUCCUAGCGUGCAAGAGGCUCGUCAUGCGGCGGAGAGGAGGAUGAAAGACCUGGAACAGGGAACGACCAAGCUCGAAGCUGUCCUGUCAAAGCUGCGGCAACGGAAGAUGGCGCUGAUGAAGGAAAUCAAUGUUGUGCGAAGUCAAAAGGAGGAGAUGGCGCACGCGUGUCAGCGCCUAGCCCAGGAGAACCAGGGGUUGCAGCUCACCCUCCAGAACGUUGCGGCUAAGAUCGAGGUCGUGCAUGCAGACCGACUGGCGAGUGAUUCGCACAAGCAGCUGCUCCAGGAAGAGUCGCGAGCAAUAGAGGACGAGAUCGAGAGCUUGAGCCGGAAGCUACAUCAGGCGCGCACGUUGGCGUUGAGCUCUGUGAACGCGGCAGGCAAGAAGAUGGCGGUGGAGCUGGUUUGA